AUGACAACAGAGACAACCUCCACCGUCGAAAAGACACCGUCCCCGAAGCCGGCGGUAAACGACAGGAGAAAGCUCCAAAACCGCAUUGCCCAGCGCAGGUUUCGGCAAAAGAAGGCAAUGGAGGCUAGGGCUGCCAGCUUACAAGCAGAGGGCAUCUGGCACGAGUACUUCAACCUCCAUCCACAAUAUGCCGGCAACUACGAAGUACCAUACCUGGGACCAUCUGUGCCCACCAGUCCGACCGAUGUUCCACAGCAAGGAUGGCAACCAACUAUCGAAUAUCAGAUCGGUGCGUGGGACAGCCAGCUCUUCGGCAGCGAUAAUUUUUGCCCGAGCAACCCCCCAGCCGAUAUCGUCGCUCCCAUGUCUCCUCCCAACAGCUCAGCUUCAUCAUCUGUAUCACCUGACGGUUCGGUCUAUGGUGGGGAGGCACCCAACAAGACAACCUACUUUCCACUCCGGGAUCAAGAGGGCUAUCCAUUUUCCAUGCAACCAAAUCAACUUUUCUGCGACGGCAUGUUCUCUGGCGCUCCUUUGGACAUCAACGGCUCGAUUUCCAGCACUUCACAUCACGGUCUUUCUAACGACGCCCCCCUUGGAGAAAACACAGACACUCAGCUCCAAGAUCAGGUGGCGACAAAAUGGAAUGUGCAUAAGCCAGCCCAGUCCACCAGCUCAUGCACCUGGACCUCCAGUGAUGGCGAACCAUGGGAGCCGUUACUACACACAGCAGCCAAGAAUGGCAACUGUGGCAUCAUCCUCAUGCUGCUUGAUCAUAAUGUCGACGUCAACGAGCGCAACAGCAACGGCAUGACAGCGCUUCAUGUAGCCAUUGAGAAUUCUCAGGAGGAUGUCAUCAUGCUACUGCUUCAGAGAGGUGUCGACGUUAACGUGGAGGACAACAGUCACCGGACUGCCCUCUCCAUGGCCGUCAGCAACAAUAGCGAGUCUGGUGUUCGGUUAUGUCUGAUGCAUGGAGCCGAUCUGAAGCUGGCCAAGGCUUCUUCCUUUGGCGAUAGCCUAGGAAACCAUGGUGGUGGAGUUACGGUGGAUGUAUGA